GAGAACAGUCGUCAAGCAACAUGGCCACGUUACGGUUGAGUGUAGUCGGGCUCUGCCUCCUGCUGAUCGCGCUGCCUGCGCGCGGGGCGAAUAUUUUGGGUCUGUUCAGCAGCCACAGUCAAUCGCAUUUGAUACUGCACAUGUCGAUGAUCAAGGCGCUGGCCGAGAGCGGCCACAAUGUGACCGUGGUGACCAUGAUGAAGCCGACGAUCAUGCACAAGGACAUUCAUCUGAUCGUGGUCCCAUUAACGGACGAACAGGAGCACAUACUCGAGGGCCAGAUGAAAGAGAUGGCUGGGCAGAAGAACUCGGUCCUCUCCACAAUGAUUCGCAUGAUGAGCGGCAUGAGUGCGAUGAUUGAGUCGCAGUUUCAGUUGCUGUCGGAUCCUCGAUUCCAGCGCAUCUACGAAACGAAGUUCGAUUUGAUGUUCAUGGGCUACUUCAUCAACGAUUUCCAAUUGGGCGUGGCCGCCAAGCUAAAGGUGCCUGUGAUUGUCUCCUGGAUGCAGGUGCCGGUGUCUAUGAUCAACGCAUAUGUUGGCAAUCCCACAGAGGUCUCCUAUGUGCCUAAUAUACAGACGGCUUUGGGCCAGGGUGAACAGAUGGGCUUUGCCAAGCGUCUAGAAAACCUGAGUAAGGAAUUACUUGUGAGGGCCAUGAUGUUGAUACUUGACAGACGUUUGGAUCGGUUCUAUGAGACACAGUUCGGUGAGGAGCCGAACUUCCCCACGCUGGCCGAGAUGAAGCGCAAUGUGUCGAUGGUAUUCACGAAUAGUCACUUGAUAAGCGAGGGUGGCAUUCGUCCACUUGUGCCAGCCAUUGUGGAAAUCGGAGGCAUUCAGCUCAAGGAGCAACCCGAUCCGUUGCCGGAGGACAUAGCCAAGUUUCUGGAGGCAUCUCAGCACGGAGCGAUCUUGCUCUGCCUGGGCUCCAAUAUAAAGAGCACCGCUGUGAAACCUGAGCUAAUACAGGCCAUGUUCAAGGUGCUGUCGAGCCUGAAGCAGAAUGUCAUCUGGAAGUGGGAGGAUCUGGAUAAAACUCCUGGAAAAUCGGAUAAUAUUCUCUACUCCAAGUGGCUUGUAGUACAUCCGCCUUGGCCGGCCGACAUAUUGGCCCAUCCCAAGAUCAAGCUCUUCAUCACGCACGCCGGGAAGGGCGGCAUUACGGAGGCGCGCUACCACGGAGUGCCAAUGGUGGCUCUACCGAUCUUCGGUGAUCAGCCCGCCAAUGCGGAUAGCAUGGAAAAGUCUGGCUACGGGCUAACCCAAGACCUCUUACAGCUCAACGAGGAGAACUUCAGGGCGAAGAUUGAGGAGGUAAUUGGCAAUGAGAAAUACGCCAGGGCCAUCAAGAGCUUCUCAAAACUGUACCGGGACAGACCGCUCACGGCCAAACAGUCCGUAGUCUACUGGACGGACUACGUGCUAAGGUACAACGGAGCCGUGCAUCUGCAAAGUCCGGCUGUCCACAUGUCCACCCUGGCCUACUUUAAUAUAGAUGUUUAUGCUGCAGUUUUAGCCGCUUUAGCUUUAGUUGUGCUCCUAACUUGGCUUGCAUUGGGAUUCACUUGCCGCAAAUUGUGUGGAAAGUCACAGAAAGUUAAGAGGUUGAGAUCAAGUCCUCAGGCAAAGAUGAGCCGAGCUAAACUUCAGUUGGCUGCUUACGCAAUUAUUCUGCUCGUGUUGCCCUGCCGGCCAACAGAUGGCGCCAACAUCUUGGGCCUCUUCAGCACGUUCAGUCCAUCCCAUUUGGUGGUGCACAUGGCGAUGAUGCGAGCCUUGGCCGAUCGCGGACACAACGUGACCAUUGUCUCGGCAUUCAAGCCGAAGCUGGCGCCACAUGAGAACAUUACACUGAUCAUAGCGCCCAUGAGGGAAGAGACCUUGGCGGAAGUUAAUCAGUUCAUGGAGAGCUCGACCAAGGACAAGGCAUCGAUGAUUGCCACCUUCUACAGAAUGCUGACAAAAACGGCCGUAAUGCUGGACUGUCAAUAUGAAUUCCUAUUGCAUCCCAAUGUGCGGGCAAUUUACGAGCGGCCGCAAACGAAAUUUGAUCUGCUGUUUCUCGGCUUCGUCUUCAAUGAUUACCAGCUGGGCGUGGCAGCCAAACUGGGCAUACCCGCUGUCAUCAGCUGGGUGGGCGUGCCAUUCACGUUUAUCGACGACGAGGUGGGCAACAUCAACGAUCCGGCCUAUGUUCCCAAUAUUAAUGUGGGCGUGGAUAGCAGCCAACGUGCCAUGUACUUUGGCCAGCGCCUGAAGAACUACUGCACCUGGGUAAUCCUGAAGAGCCUCGCCAUCAUCUUGGAUAGGCGCAUGGUAAACUACUACAACGGUGCCUUUGGAGCGGAUCUGCAGAUGCCCAGCUACUGGGAGGUUAGGCGAAACAUCUCGCUGCUCUUCUACAAUUACCACUCGCACAGCGAGGGUCCAAUCCGUCCCACUGUGCCUCAGUCCAUCGAAGUUGGCGGCGUGCAGAUUAAAGAGCAGCCAGAUCCAUUGCCCGGCGAGCUGGCUGAGUUCUUGGAUAAUGCCAAAGACGGUGCCAUCUUCUUCAGCCUGGGCACCAAUGUCAAGAGCGGCUACUUCCAGCCCCAUCUGAUGGAGACCUUCUUCAAGGUACUCUCCAGCCUGCCGCUGCGCGUCAUCUGGAAGUGGGAUGAUCUGCAGCAUACGCCAGGCAAUGCCUCGAACAUCUACUAUCACAACUGGCUGCCACAGGACGACAUCCUGGCCCAUCCCAACACCAAGCUGUUCAUUACACACGCCGGCAAGGGCGGCAUUGCCGAGUCUCAGUACCACGGUGUGCCCAUGGUGGCUAUGCCCAUCUUCGGCGAUCAGCCCAGCAAUGCGGACAGCAUGGUCUCUGCCGGCUUCGGACUGAGUGUGGACUGGGCCACGCUCACAGAGGCUUCGCUGGCGCAGACCCUCAACGAGGUGCUGCAGAAUUCCUCAUAUCGCGAGAAGGUGCGUAGCUUUUCGGCUCUCUAUCGCGAUCGACCGCUCACCGCACGCCAAUCGGUUGUCUAUUGGACGGAGUAUGUGUUGAGGCACAAGGGCGCCUACCACCUGCAGAAUCCUGCACUGCAUCUCCACUAUGUCGCCCGUCACAAUCUCGACGUCUAUGCCUGUCUACUGAUCCUACUCGCAAUCUCUCUGACUAUUUUAAAACUACUGCUGCGGUGCAUUUGGCAACAACUGCGACCAUUCGCACCCUCUAAAGUCAAGGUCAAGACACAAUAGACACAGCCACAUCUUGUUAAUUCAACCGAAUUAAUCGACUGCACUCAUUACGUAUACGGCGCGUGUCGCGACAACCAUCAAAUUGGUCAUUUAGAUACACACAAAUAUAUAUAUAUAUAUAAUCAUUUAUAUGUAUAUAUAGUUAUAU